AUGUUUAUAUACUUCAAUUUAUUUCUUAUUGCUGUGUGGUGGAUACAAGGUAUAUCUGCUUUAAGAAUCGGAAGCAUCCAGAAUGCCCGUAUCAAGGUGCACAAAAGAGAAGUUCUACAAGAUUUGGUGUCGUGGGAUGAACACUCAAUUCUCGUUCGUGGUGAACGUAUUAUGAUAUAUUCCGGUGAAGUCCAUCCGUUUCGUAUUCCAUCUCCAGGAUUAUGGCUCGAUGUUUUUCAAAAAAUCAAAGCCAUGGGCUUCACUGGUGUAUCGUUCUAUACAUACUGGGGAUUACUUGAAGGCAACCCUGGGCAAGUAAUAACAGAUGGAGUAUUCAGCGUUGAUGAGUUUUUCGAUGCUGCCAUGCAAGCCGGAAUUUACUUGAUUGCUCGUCCUGGUCCAUACAUCAAUGCAGAAACAGCAGCUGGGGGAAUACCAGGCUGGGUACUGAGAAUCAAAGGAGUCAUAAGAUCCACUGAUCAGGAUUAUCUUGAUUCCACUCAAAACUAUGCUUCUACGAUUGGCAAAAUUCUAGCUAAAGCACAAAUCACAAAUGGCGGCCCGGUUAUCAUGGUCCAACCUGAGAAUGAAUUCGCGUCAUGGCCUGGUGUUACUAACUUUCCGAGUCAAAUGAAUAAAGAUUAUAUGUCAUUUGUGGAACAACAGCUCUUGGAUGCAGGUGUUGUAGUUCCUUUUGUUGUGAAUGACAAUUUGAAUAUUGGGAAUUUUGCACCAGGAAGUGGGCUCGGAGAGGUAGAUCUUUAUGGAAUUGAUGCUUAUCCUAUGCGUUAUGAUUGUGGCGAUCCAUAUAUUUGGCCAACUUACAGAUUUCCGAAGACUUGGGAGAUCAGCCAUGCGAAUUACAGUCCAUCGACACCCUUUACAAUCGGUGAAUUCCAGGGUGGAGGUGGAGAUGGAUGGGGUGGCGUUGGAGAAGAUCGAUGCGCAAUUCUCACCAACAAUGAUGCGAUCAAGGUGCAAUUCAAGAAUACUUACAGCUUUGGAGUCGCAAUAUUCAAUGUCUAUAUGAUAUACGGUGGUACCAACUGGGGAAAUCUUGGGUACCAUGGAGGAUACACCUCCUAUGAUUACGGAGCAUCAAUUACCGAAGAUCGUCAGGUCUGGCGCGAAAAGUACAGUGAAAUGAAAUUGGAAGCAAACUUCUUGAAAGCAUCCGCUGCUUACUUGACAGCUACGGCUGGACAUGGUGAAAAUGGUACUUUUGGAGUUCCGGCUGAAAUUGCUGUAACCCCAUUGUUUGGCGCUAUCAAAAAUGGCACUAGAACCAAUUUUUACGUGGUCCGGCAUGCAGAUUUCACGUCCCUCACAAGGACAUUGUAUAAGUUUACAGUUACUACAUCUCAUGGCAACAUUACAAUACCUCAGCUUGGUGGAUCGUUGGUCAUGAAUGGUCGAGACUCCAAGAUACACGUCACAGAUUAUGAUAUAGGAGGAAUAAACAUGAUCUAUUCGUCAGCCGAGGUUUUCUCAUGGGCCAAGGAUCACAAUAAUGGAAGAGUCUUGAUUCUCUAUGGUGGAGAUAAAGAUAAUAGCGAAGCUGCUUUUCCAGUCUCUCUUGGUGUGCCUGACGUUGUAGAAGGCCACGGCGUUGAUAUUCGAAAACUUGGUGGAGCUUGGGUACUUCAAUGGACUGUAAAUCAAGAGAGACGAGUUGUGCAAAUCGGAAAGUUAAAGAUUUAUUUAUUGUGGCGAAAUGAAGCAUACAAUUAUUGGUCUCUGGAGCUGGAAGCACCGGCACCAAUCGGCAACCAUACAUCUCCAUCUAAAUCAUCGAUUAUCGUCAAUGGUGGCUACCUCUUACGAACAGCUAGUAUUGAAGGAAAACAACUUAAACUUACGGGGGACAUAAAUGCGACGACUAGCUUUGAAAUCAUCUCCGCACCUACUGAAGUAAAUUCACUUCUUCUAAAUGGCAAACUACUUCAAAGCGGAAAGGCGAAGAACGGAAAUCUCCAAGCUCACAUAUCAUAUUCCCCUCCAUCCAUUAGUCUUCCCAAUUUCUCAACCCAACAAUGGCACUAUAUCGAUUCCCUCCCCGAACUUCAACCUCACUACGAUGAUUCUCUCUGGACACCAUUAGACCACACAAUUACAAACAACACCUUGAAUCUCACAACUCCCACGUCAAUGUACGCCAGCGAUUAUGGUUAUCACACCGGUUCCCUCAUCUACCGCGGUCAUUUUCUCUCCACCGGCAAUGAAACCACAUUUUUUAUCAACACAACGGGUGGCGCCGGGUUUGCUCAUUCCAUCUGGCUCAAUUCUACAUUUCUAGGCUCCUGGGUCGGCAGUGGUGGGAAUCAAACAUAUGCUCAAACAUUCCCACUUCCUUCCCUGAAGUCUGGAAAUCCUUGCGUCUUUACAGUAUUAAUAGAUCACAUGGGUCAAGAUGAGGAAGCCCCGGGAACUGACGCUAUUAAAUUUCCACGUGGAUUCCUCGAUUAUUCUCUGUCUUCACAUCCUCAAACCGAAAUUACCUGGAAAUUGACUGGAAACCUAGGUGGAGAACAGUUCAUCGAUAAAACACGAGGGCCUCGAAACGAAGGAGCGAUGUUCGCAGAGAGACAAGGAUACCAUCUACCAAAUCCGCCAAGUGAUGCGUGGGAAGUAAGAAAUCCAGUCAGCGACGGAAUAGACAGUGCUGGAGUGGGAUUUUUUACUACGAGGUUUGAAUUAAAUAUUCCAGAAGGGUGGGAUGUGCCGCUUGGAUUCGUUUUUAAUGGAACGGGGACGGGGAUGGCUGGCAAUUAUAGAGCUCAGCUUUUUGUUAAUGGGUGGCAAUUUGGAAAAUAUGUAAAUAACCUAGGCCCGCAAACACGCUUCCCGGUUCCUGAAGGAAUCCUUAAUCACCAGGGAACAAACACGGUAGCAUUAACUCUCUGGUCUUUGGAUAGUGAAGGAGCGAGUAUUGGUGGGUUUGAAUUGGUUCCUAAUGCAACUAUUCGGAGUGGAUAUCGAAAGCCGAAUUUAGUCGAGGGGAGUGGUUGGAGUAGGAGAGAGGGGUAUUAG